ACCUCUCUUGCCGUUGCUUGCCGUGCGACUAAAAAAAAAGUCUUCUUUGGUUUCCAGGGACGUUUUUCGUUGUAAUUCGAAGUUUUUAUCUAUUUGAAGAUCGCUAUAUAUUCAGCAUACUCGAAUCUGUCGCGGGCCGGAGGUGAAAGAAAUAACUCUGAAUAACCACCCACAGUAAAAUUGUUUUUCCGUGAGUGCAAGUUCGUCUGCUUUUGCUCAAAGGAUACGCUGUCAUCUCGUAUGCGAAAAUCUCUUCGGUGGUGCUGCUUGCGAAAUUUCUCCUUCAGGAUUACGUAUAAUUGCUUGGUGUGACCCUGUCUGGUGGAUUAUCCCUGAAGUGUGUUAAAACAACGCGUGCGCAACCUGGAUGGAUAUGUGUUAACUUGAUAUUGCUACAGUUGUGUGCAACAAAGCUGCUGAAUGCAGUGGCAGAGGACCUGACCCUGAUGCUUCAGGAGCCAUAUGCUAAACCCAGUGAUGAUUUCGCCCAUGAUGAGUUCGCAGUCACUACCAGCAUUCUCCAACCCUUUCCCGAGUGCCAUCAGCUUGAACAGCAACAGUUUGGAGGUACAAGAGGAGGAGGAGGAGGAAGAAGAAGAAGAGCCCCUCCACAACCCCACCCUCGUGGGUCCCAACCACCAGAGGCAAGCGAUGGUACGGAACCCCCUCCCGUUCCUCCACGGGUUCCAGGUGCCUAUGCGGCCCACCUUGUACCCUCUGCCUCUUCUACUUCUGCAUCUUCGCAACAGGAUUCUAGUAGUCCAGCACCCAGUAGCCCUCCAGACCCGCAGUGCAGCAUGACCCUGUUGGAGCGUAUGAUUCGCACAAGCAGCACUUGGUUUUUACCAGACAUUGGACGUUCUGGUGCUGUACACUACCUGCAGGGCAAAGACAUUGGUAACUUUAUUGUAAGACAGUCAAGCAAGAAGGAUGUCUUGGCUUUAUCAGUGCGUCUUCCCGUGGACUGUGGUCCAUACAUUGAACAUUAUCUAAUUGAAAGCAUGGGAGAGGGCAGACACAGGCUUGAAGGGUCAGAAAAUGUCUUCCCAUCGUUACCCAUGCUUGUCACUCACUACUGCCAGUGCUGUGACGAGCUUCCAGUACAACUGAAGUUGCCAGACAUCCUGAUGUCUGCUACCACGCGACAAGAGCUGUCAUCGCUUUCGCUGCUUGGUCAAGAAUUAUGGAUCUCCAGCAUGCUGAGGUCGCGCACUCAUUCUACGUCAACAAUGAACUCGUCAACCUCCUCUAGCUUUCACUCAGCAGCAAAGGACCACAAUGCUAACAUCGAGCCGCAGUGCACCUUUGUGCCAUCUUCGCCCACAGCAACCUCGACUGUACCAAAUUCCGAAGAACUUCCUCCCCCGGUGCCAGCUGUACGCCCCACCGUGCUACAGCUUCCUGUUACCAUCGCCGUGAAGCCCGUCCCGCUGCCAAGGGCCGUUCACCCUCCCCCGACUCCACCACAACGGUGCUUGAGCCAGCCAACCGAGAAACAGUCACCAACUGCGGACAGCUCAGUCGAACCUAGUCAAUCUCCAAACAGUUCGGGGGGUUCUGAGUCAUCCCCCGAGGCGUACUACUGCAGCAGUCUCGCGGAUAAAAUCAGCGACUACGAAGACAUUUGGGGUAUGUCCGGUGAGAGUCCGAGCAAAAUGUCAACAUUCAAGCCGCUUGAAGAAAAGAGAAAAGUGACGCAAAAAAUAGAAGGGAAGGAACACGUGAGCAGAGACAGAGGAAAUCGUCAGUCAGCAGAGGUUCCACACACGUUCAUCUGUCAGGCAACACAGACUGAGAGUCCAGAAGCGGAGUUAGUGGGAAUGUCGAACCAAGGUGCCAUUAUCGGUGGACUUUCACGGUCCAUGCCAGGGAUGUCUGGCGAUGGAUUUGUUCAGGAAAGACAUCCAAAACCAGAUGGCCAGUUUGCAAGUCCGUUUUAUGCAGAGCCCGUCGACUCCAUCUUUGUGCAGCAGGCGACAGAUGAACAGAAAAGAGUGGCAGGGAGAAUGGCUAACCAGAGGCACUCUGAACCUAAUGUGCAUUCUCUGGCAACUGGAGCAGUCGACGUCAUGUCUGUUCUUGAAGAAACUGUAUCGUCGACCACGGAUCACGUGAUGGGUGCUUCAACGCCAGCGCUAAAUCACAAAGUUGUUGAAACAGACCAGACAAACCAUCGGGUUGAGAGGUCCUGGUCCGUCGAUGCCUCGUGGACGUGGGUUGGAUCAGACGAUGACGAAGAUGACGAUUCCGGAUUAGAACCGAGAUUUCCAGUCGACUCAGAAAUGGGGGCGGGAAGUGAGGAUGUAACGACAGUGGAAGACUUGAUUGCACUUAGUUACCCCGACCUGCAAGUUCCUCACAUUCAUCCGCUGACUGAAAGAAAUGUGCUGAGAGCGUCGAGGUACGAUAAUCUGGAUGCAGAUUCAGAUAUGGCAUCUAGGGCUUCGGAAACAUUGGCAAGGGGGAACGAGGAUGACGACGCGACAGAAUUCUGCGAGCCAUGGGACAGCCUGCGGUGGGAGCGGUUGCUACGCCUAGUGGAACCAAUAGCAAAGACCAAGCAGCAGUGCGAGGACAUGGUUGAUGUGCAGCAGACUAAAAUGGAUAACUCAAGGAUGUCAUGCGGUUCGGUCGACAGUGCAUCUGCUAUCAGCGGUGACACGAGUGAAGCUCCUGCCAUUUCAGAGUACCCCACCAUGACAUUACCUCAAGAGCAGUCCAGGUGCUUCCAGGAGCGCCUCAAAGUUCUUUUAGCUUCCAAGCGUGUCGCGGCACUAAGGAAUAAGGACUCAACCGUUGGUGUAAAUAUACGGAAAUACAUAUUUAAGCUCGUUGAAGAAAGAAACACGACAUUUGCCAUGACAAUUGAGAAUUUCAUUCAGUGCACUCAGGAGAGCAGUGAGACAUCUCCUGCGGUUGUGAUGCGAAAUAUCCGCCAAUUUAUGAGUGGUAUGAAAAAUUACCUCCUAAAACAUGGGGAAGGCCAGUUUGAACAGUUGGUGCAGGAGGAACAAACAAGGCUGAAGCCACACGAAUUCAUGAACAUAGAUGCUGUGAUAGAAGAAGCACUUCACCGGCUUGUCAUUCGGCCACUGAAGCAAUACCUGUACCAACUUUUUGUGAACCACUUCACCAAGACGGGGUCUCUAAAGCUUCUCUCCGACAACAUCAAGUAUGCCCGUACAAAGACACCAGAAGACCUUGGAAUUGGGAAAGACUACCAGCCACCACAGGGCAUAUCGCUGGAAGUGGUAAAGUAUUUUCUGUCAAGGCUUCAGCAGUCGUACUCACCCCUCAAGAAGCUGGAGAAUCUGUUAGCUGCUAUCUCUACCAUCUACAACAGUGUUCAGAAGGACACACAGUCUCGAGAAUCCGAUAGUCUGUCCCUGGGAGCGGAUGACUUCCUGCCAAUCUUCAUCUAUGUGCUGGUGCAGUGUGGGCUUAUCUCUGCAGAGAUAGAGGCAGAAUACAUGUGGGGGCUACUACACCCAUCUCUCCUGACUGGGGAAGGGGGUUACUACCUGACCACUCUGAGCAGUGCUGUUCACAUCCUGAAAAAUCUUCAUAGCCCCACAAUUGCAUCACCUCCCCCAUCUGCACCGAAGGCACUGGCAUCAUCAAAGCUGCUUGCUUGCGGUGGUGAUUGCAAGUGGUACAAGAGUGCAGAUCCCAUUCGUUACCCCACCAUAGCGGACCUGCAGGGGUUCAUGCAGAUCGUUAUCCCAAACGAAGUGAGUGGCAGUGUUGUUGCCAAAACUCUACCUGUUCGACCCAACAUGACAACCAAGGAAGUUUGCAAGAUGAUUGCUCACAAGUUUCAAGUGACAAACCCCCAGGACUACAGCUUAUUCAAGUUGGUCAAUGGAGAAGAGACCCAGCUGGGUGACAACGAGUGUCCGCAGACUAUUAAGGCAGAUUUAAUUACGAGUGGCACGGACUGCAGAUUUGCAUACAAGCGCUGCGACAUGAAGUUUGUGUGGCCGUGCAGUGACAAACAGCAGUGAACAGAACAUGACUUCAGUGGGUCUUCAAUCUACUUUGGACUACUUUCUUUGAGAGAGAGAACUCAUUAACGUAGCAUGCACAUUCUGUAAUUUAUUUUUAAUACGUUCAGUGUAAACAUAAAGCUGCUAGAGGGGGGAGUAGGCAACAUCCUUGAAAGUGUCACCAGCUUAUGUGAGAGCAGAUAUUUAGCAGUUAGGAGGAAUCAUGAAGCCAGUAGAAGCAAGCUAUAUUAUAGCUAUAGCAACUAAAAGAAAGGCAAUGCAUAGCAAUUAAACUAUGAACAAUGCCUCAAGCAUAGAACUCCAGUUAUGUAUGUCAUAAGUUUACUGAGUAUGAUGACACACUGCUGCUGUAUCAAGACAGGUUUGCAGUCAUGCAGCAGAACAAUCAUUUCUGAGGAAUACUAUAAACGUAUUUUUAUUCGCAAUGUAUUAAUUUUCGUGAAUUUCACGAUCUCUAAAAAAUCGCGAAAAAUCAUACUCUCGAACAAAGCUUGACGUUUAUCCCGUGAAAGGAAACAGCCCUGGAAUCGCGAAAUUAAGUACUCGCGAAUAAUUUCACAAAUGACUGAACGCGAUUUGCGAAAAUUAAUACAUCGCGAAUAAAAAUACGUUUACAGUAUAUGUAUAUUACAAUCAAGUUUCAUUGUGGAUGCACUGGACACUUCCCCUCAAUUAGUACUGUCCAACACUAUGGCCUGAAUUUUUAAAUGCUGCUUUCCUCUCCAAUCCGUUACCUUUAGAAACAGAACCUUUCGCUCAAUUUCAAACUGUCUUUCCUGUUGGGACUUCCUUUUGCAAGCAUGAAAGGGCUACCUUUCAUUACAGCUUUCGCCUUUGUCUACCCACUAUUGGUCUUCUUAUUCUCUAAUAUGCCCUUGUAGCUUGUUAUCGGCUCGAGCAUGAUCACUCUCUCAUCUGCUGUUAUAUAUCGUAUUCGUGUUGCCAUGUUUGGCAGCACACACUGUGGGCAUAAACACACGACCAUGAACAUAUACGGUUUCCCUUGUCUUGGGUUUGCCUAAUACUAUGUGUUGUGCCGAGGAUAAUGCAAGCAAAUGAGCAAAUACAGAUUAAUUGACUAAGAAUUUGUGGCUGGUCAAAAUUACAUGAAAUUGCGUGUUCUUAGAGAUUGGUUGGGUUCUGACGUGUUAAACUUUGUUGUUUACAUCAACGUCUAAGUCGGAGGAGAAGACAUUGGGCUGCUAGAGCUGGGAGAUUAUUGCAUGGGAAUGCAGCGAGUAGUGUCUCUCUUUUGUCCGGUGUCAACAAAAUGUAUUGCUCUGCAGAAGUGGUCUCGUAAUAGAAGACUUGAAAAAAUUCUGGAGAGCAUAGCACCAGAAACUGUCUCAAUUUCUUCUCUCACGAGCCAUAGUCCACGAGGUGUCAAGGUCAACAAAAACUAAAUGCGAUGGGCUAUUCUCUGUCUCUCUCAUGUCAGGGAGCACCAAGGGUGCAACCUGUGUGCAAGCAGCACUGGGAUUCCUUGAAAUCGUCUUUUCAACCAUCCGUUCUAGAGCACAUGUAGUAUAACACUAGAGCAUGUCUGCUAUCUAACUGUCACUACCUAAAGAAGGUGACCUUCUGAGGAAAGUAGCUUUGUGAAUUCCUAGGGAAAAUAACAAAGAUGGUGGAAGGAAAGUCCCAUUCAAAAAUUUGGGCCUAAGGAUUCAUGUUGGAAUGUCCCGUGACCAGGGCAUUCAGGUCGAGAUUUCCCUGAGACAUUUCCCCCAAGACAUUCCCUCAAACGGAUUUAUGCGAUGGAAGGAGAUGGUGAUUUGUUCAUUAUAUUCACAUCUUACCAGAGACCUUUUCCACAUCAUGACACAAAUUGUUGGGACAAAGCAUUUCAAUCACAAAAUAAUUGGACACAAAGCAGAAUUUGUUGCAUAAGCAACUCCAUUUUGUGGUCCAUCGUCACAUUAUAAGAGCAUGUGUAAAGACUGCUUGAAGAAGUACAAGUGUCUUUUAAUUUGGAAUGGAGUGUAUCUCAAUAUGGUGCUCAUGCAAGCACGUACCAUUGUACAUAAUCUUACAGGCCAACCAAAGUACUGUGUUAUGAGAGUGAACAUUUUGUUUCAACUGCUAUAGUCUCUUUGGAUGUCUACGUGCUAGCACGCCUUGUCUUAUAGUUUAUAAAUGCUGUGAAAUGUGUGGCAGGAUCAUUUUGCAGUGCUUCAAAAUACUCGUCGAGGUAUGGUGCCUACUUAUGUCUUGCAUACUGUCUGUGAUUUUGCUUUGAAUGCUGCAUAGCGUCACAAUUUUUGGAACUUGGGGAGAAUAUCAUGCACAUCGCCCAGCGACAAUUAAACUAUGCACGAGGCUCUCUUGGGAAGAUUUACUAUGUAUAAAUGUCAUUUUUGUGGUCUGCAUUAGUGAUAGAAAAUGACAUCCUCUACAGCAUCUAGUGAUACUUGACUACUGCAGAGCUUAUUUUUAACACACCUUAGAAAACUGUGUGGUAGAGGAGAACAUUAAUAUCUCUAUUUCAAUAUUUGCAUAAAGGGUUAGAUCCUCCUUUUGUACAGCAUACAGUGGUAGUCCCACUAAUCAUUUCUGUGGCAUCGUGACUAUGCAAUUCAGAAUAUAGAACUACUCUCUAAAUUUGAAGGUUUAUUGCGAACCUUCAGUUGGGAGCAGAAAUGUGUGACAUCAAACUGCUGCUUGCCACACACAGCUUGCUACACAGAAUACAUCACUGACAUGGCUAGUGGUACAUUCUAUAUGGAAUGCUGUGUCAGUUUUCUUUGCAGUGUUGCUGCCUUACAAAAUGCCAUCCAUAUCUUUGCUCUUCUUACCUCAUGUGAAAAUAAAAUUAGUUUUAUAAAUGUAUAA